CAAGACCAGCUAGUGUUGGUGGUGGAUUCAGUUACUGUCACCUAUUAUCAGUUAGGCUCGUCUCCACCAUGUGGUGACUGAAGAUUGCUAGCCGGCAUCCACUAUCGAUGAGCAGAAUGUUCCACCUCCGCACUCGCCCGAUGCCCCACUGCGGUGCGCUUCUCGUGUGAUUCACCAUUUUCAUGCUGCAAUUUUGCGUGCUCCUUCAUCUCUAUGUUUGGUAUGAACUUUGGUUGUUGGUAAUGCAUUUCUUGUGUAGUGCAAACCUUUGGGAAUCCAGAAAAUCCACAAGCGAAAUGUGUAAAGUGGUACUCCCUCCGUCCGAAAAAACUUGUCCCCUAUAUCUCAAAUGGAUGUAUCUAGUGCGGUGCUAGAUACAUCCAUUUGAGGGACAAGCUUUUUCGGACGGAGGGAGUAUAUUACGAGCAGACAUAGACUGGCCCCCUUUGGUGGGCUUGAAUUAUCUGCAAACAGAAGGUAUCGACCGAUUUGCUUAGUUCUUGUCUACGAGGUCACGAUCAUGCUCUUCUUCUGCAUCACAUCAAAUACACCAGUCAAAGUCAUGGUCAUCUCCUUAACAUCGCAUCAAAUACACCACUGCCCCAGCCAGGUCAUGGUCGUCCACAUUUGCUUAGGUCUUGUCUACGGGGUCAUGAUCAUGCUCUUCUCCUUCUGCAUCACAUCAAAUACACCAUAGUCAAAGUCAUGGUCAUCUCCUUAACAUCGCAUCAAAUACACCACUGCCCCAUCCAGGUCAUGGUCAUCCACAGGGCCAUUUACUAGGUCAUGGACAUACAUGGCCACAUCCACACCCAUUUGAUUCCUCUUCCAGUCUUCCUUGGGUCAACUGUAAGUAUUUGUAACAUAGAUAUAUAUAUAUAUAUAUAUAUAUAUAUAUAUAUAUAUAUGCAGUAGGAAGGCAGUCAUGAAAGCGGUAGCCAGAAGAGAAGGUAGUGCUGCCUGACCUGAAUUUCUCUAGUGCAAGGUGUAGUGUAGAAUCAUGGGCAUCUUGCCGAUGGUGUUCUCUGUGUUGGUACUCGGGUCACUGGGAAAGGUAACAGCUCUGCCAUCUGGAGCUGUGACAAGCCAGCAGAGCUCUGAGGGGAACUGGGCACAACCAUCUCGAGCUGGUGGCAUGCUUGAUGGCUGCCCAACAAGCUGCGGCAGUGUGAGCUUCGGCUAUCCCUUCGGCAUCGGAUCAAGGUGCUCCCUUGAGCCUGACUUCGACCUCAUUUGCAACGACACCACUCAGCCCCCCAAACUCUUCUUGCGCGACGGCAUCACCGAGGUGAUCGACUUUAACCAUCCUUAUUGGAGUUCAGACAGGAUCUUGGCCUCCUUCUCCCAAACCAUCCCCAUUACAUAUGGUGUCAGUAUCUACAACUUGUCUUUGAAACCUCUUGGGAGGUCCUUCCAUUUUUAUUCAAUUGCUCUAAACAUCACCGGCUGUGACCUGGUGGUGUACUCUGUUAAAGAGAAUGACAUCCAGCCGAUCUGCGCAACUGUGUGCCCGGAUCCAGAAAUCACAGAGAUGAUGGCUAUGCAUACCUGUAAUGGCUUUGGGUGUUGUCGUGUAGACAUGGACAGCUAUGCCAACACUUAUCAGUUCAAACUUGUCUACGGUCAGAACCCAAAAAACACCAGAGUGCGCUCUAACCAGUCCUCUCAAUUGUGGGAUAAAAUCAGCAUAACUACUGAUGGCUUUGUCCUCUCAUGGGAUAUGGGGGAUCAAUCCGCCUGUGCUGCUUGUGUGAGCGAGCAUGCCGGGUGUGGCUACAGCUACGAUGCACCGUUUUUCAUGCCCUCGGGAAAUGGCUAUUUGUGCUUCUGCAAUCACGGCUAUACAGGCAACCCGUACAUUUCACAUGGCUGCUCCAAGGGCGACAAAGGAUAUAAUCCAACCCCAAGGAGGGCUGAUUGCACCCGUCAGUGCGGUAGCAUUAGUGUACAAUUCCCAUUCGGCUUUGAAGAGGGUUGCUUUGCCAGGGAAGAGUUUCACUUCAACUGUACAAAUACAACAUCAUCGGCUGUUUUUCUGCUGGACGAUUUGGAGUUAAUUGGCAUAAAUAUUGACGAAGGGACCAUUAAUGCCACCAUUGCUGACCAACAAUUGGCGUACCCUACGUCUGCUUCAGGACAGAACAGUCUUUUUUCUGCAUAUGUGUUCUUUCUCUCUAUCAAAUGGGUUGCUGCUAAUCUAAGUUGCGCAGAGGCCCAAAAGAAUAGGUCUGGAUAUGCUUGUGUGAGUAUCAACAGCAAGUGCGUGGAAGUAAGUGCUGAAAGGGUCUAUGCUGGUUACCGCUGCAAAUGCUUAGAUGGCUUCCAAGGAAAUCCGUACAUCCAAAGUGGUUGUCGAGAUAUUAAUGAAUGCCUUCAACCGAAGAAAUGUAAAGAGAUCUGCCAUAAUACCGAAGGAAGCUUCAGUUGUAUUGAAUGUCCUCGCAAGACUGAGUAUGAUCCAUUAAAAAUGCAGUGUACUAGGAUAAAACAACAGACUCUACUCGUAGGUAUAAUUAUUGGGCUGUCCUGUGGUUUCGGCAUUCUACUUCUGAGCUUCUGUGUAGUGCUUCUCACUCGCAAAUGGAAAAGGAAUGUUCAAAAGCAACUAAGGAAGUACUAUUUCCGGAAGAAUCAAGGUCUUCUCCUAGAAACAUUGAUAUCAUCUGAUGGAAGUGCAAAUGAAAAAACAAAGAUUUUCUUGCUAGAAGAGCUAGAGAAGGCAACAAAUAACUUUGAUCCUGCACGUAUCAUCGGACGUGGGGGUCAUGGCAUGGUUUACAAAGGCAUGUUAUCUGAUCAGCGUGUUGUUGCCAUAAAAAAGUCUAAGGUCAUUGAGGAGUGUGAGAUCAGUCAAUUCAUCAAUGAGGUUGCAGUCCUCUCUCAGAUAAGGCACAGAAAUAUUGUAAAGCUCUUCGGAUGUUGUCUCGAAACCGAGGUUCCACUGCUAGUGUAUGACUAUGUAUCCAGUGGCUCACUGUCUCAAGUUCUUCAUGCUGAUCCAAGUGAUGGUUGUUCUUUGUCUUGGAGUGAUUACUUAAGGAUUGCCCUGGAAACAGCAGGAGCUCUAUCUUAUCUCCACUCUUCAGCUUCAAUAUCAAUCUUCCAUCGUGACGUGAAGUCCUCAAAUAUACUCUUGGAUGUGAACUACACAGCUAAAGUUUCAGAUUUCGGCGCGUCUAGAUUGGUUCCGAUCGAUCAAACACACAUUGUCACGAAUGUGCAGGGUACAUUCGGGUACUUAGACCCAGAGUAUUUCCACACCAGACAGCUGAACGAGAAGAGCGACGUGUACAGUUUUGGCGUGGUGCUCGUGGAGCUGCUGCUCAGAAUGAAGCCUGUUUUUACAAGCGAAUCGGGCACAGUCAACAGCUUGUCAAGCUAUUUUCUCCAGGAGUUCAAGGAUGGGAGAAUCACAGACAUUGUCAAUCCCAAGGUCCUCGAGGAGGCGACCGAGGAAGAGAUCAACGGUGUCGCCUCUCUUGCAGAACUGUGCUUAAGGCUACGUGGCGCCGAAAGACCCACCAUGAAACAAGUGGAGACCGAACUGCGGACUCUGCGAGCAAAACGCGUGAACUCAUCCCAAGCAGAUCCAGGGAGUGAAGAGAGGAUGCCACCAAGGCCAAUAGCUCGAGGGACUCGAUCUUCUCGUCAAUCGUCUGCGAUGGAAUCAGGCAAGAGAGUCGUAAGGUCGGGACGCAGCGAACGGUCCUAUCGCUUGGAGGGAGACUGGGAGAGUUCAUGCCAUCUGCUAGCCGAGCACCACGCUUAGAUGAGUCUGUUCUGUCGAGUUUGUAAUGAUGGAUAAUUUGUUUCCCUUUUCUGUAACUGAUGCUAGGGCUUGUAUUACAGAUUAGUUAGAUUGGCGUUUUAAGUCACUUUAUGUCCAGAUCAUUUCAGGCACCAUGAUUAUAUCCGUUUUUCAGUUGGAA